AUGAUCUGGUUAUUAGCCGCUUUGGGUGGCUUAUAUGGUUCGAUUGUUUGUGGAUUAGUGAAGCUCAAUAGAUAUCAAACGGCGGCCUCAGUAACAGUUUUCGACGUCGAUUGGAGGACAUUCAACAUCACAUUUCCAGCAAUUACGAUCUGCAGAGACGAAAAAGUCAACAUGACGGCGGUCAGAGAAUAUGCCAAAGCCACCUUCCAAGAUCAAGAAGAAGCCCAGCGGUUCGAGACCACGAUGGAAGAGCUCGGAAAAUUAAAUUUGAAUCACAUGCAUCUCUCUCCUCAUCCUAAUAUAGAAGCUGAGGAUUUUUUGGAAAAUAUUCUCAAAUUUGCGAAUAAAGAAAACGCAAUUAUAGACACCGAGGUGACAAAAAUAAUGAAUUUUAUGCAGAAUUCACAACUUCAAGAAGUCAUCACAGAGAUUGGAAUUUGCUCCGCCGUCAAUUCGCCUCUUAGUCAUUAUCAAUCGCCGGGGUACUGGAAAUCUAAUUCAAGAGAAGUUAAUAUGACCACACCAAAAAUAAUGAAGGCAAAUGCUUUAGAUGGCCAGGUGUCAGUGCAUAUUUCGAAAAUGUACAACACAUCUUAUACGGGAUUCAUACAUGGAGCGUUUGAAAUUUUGGAUGUUCAUAAAGGGAUACAUUGGCAAUCGAUGGAUUAUAUAUCUGUGGAUUUAAAUGUGAAAGAAAUCACUUCUGAGAAAGAUAUAAGAAGGUAA